AUGCCAUUAUUGCCAUCAAUACAGCCGACGACAGUUGAGCACAAGGGACACGAUUUCAUUCCAAUUAGUUAUCAUAUGCCCACCACUUGUGAGGUCUGUCCCAAACCUCUGUGGCAUAUGUUUAAACCCCCGCCCGCUCUCGAGUGUAGACGUUGUAGAGUGAAAGUGCACAGAGAGCACUUGGAUAAGCAGGAAGGGGUGGUCGCCCCCUGUAAAGUCAAUUACGACCCAAACACAGCUAAAGAGUUGUUAUUAUUAGCGACUUCUCUCGAAGAGCAACAACAAUGGGUCCAGAAGUUGAGGAAAAAGAUUGAGAAAUGCGGUUACGCCGCCAAUCAAGACUCCAAGUCUCUUAGAUCCUCGAGUACUCAGUGUUUAGUAAAGUCGGCGUCAAUGAAGUCGUCGACAUUACCGCCAAUAGUGCCCAACAAUAACAGCAAUAAUAAUAAAAAGUCUUAAUCCAUAUAUCCGUGCCUUUCGAUUAAAAAUAUUGUAUAUUUAUAUUAAUAUUUAUUUAAAACAUUAGAUGA